CGCAUCAUCUCUUACACUUAAUUUAUUAAAACUCCCAUCUCUUUCUCGCCGUGCAGACCGGAUCUUGCAACAUUUCACCUCUCUUGAACCAUGCGAAGCUCAAAAUAUGGCUUACGUAGCGCCUAUCCACCGGCCCAACAGCGUUCGACACGCAAUACGUGCCAAUUUGUUUCCUGAAGAGAAGGAUCCAUGUUUGAUUCUUGCCAAGACUAAUCGCCUAGAAAUAUGGAAGCUCGACAUAAACGGAAGUGUAGUUCAUACUGAUACGAAAGUUGUUAACGGCACCAUUUCUAUACUACAGAAACUACGACCUCGAGAUGCCGAUACGGAGUUAGUCUUCGUCGGAACCGACAGAUUCCAUUACUUCACAUUUGGGUGGAAUGCCACAGAUAAAAAGCUGGAAACAGUCGACUCUUUCUUCGACCUACACGAAAAACACAUGCGAGAUGCUCUAAGCCAGGAUCUAUGUAUCGUUGAUCCGACUGGACGGUUCAUGGCUGUCUUCCUCUGGGAGGGAGUCGUGAAUGUGUUGCGCAUGCACACGGUCAAGAGCAAGAGGAAUAAUCUACAUUGGAUGGACCAAAUACGAGUCUCCGAGCUUUUCAUCAAAGGUGCGGCUUUCUUACAUGUUGAAACUGGCCACCCGAAGAUCGCCUUCUUACACCAAUCUCGAACCGAUGUCCCCGACUCCGAACUUGUCACAUACCGCUUAACGACCGACGAUAAAAAUACAGAAGUAUCCCGAUUCGAAAUCCGGGAUCGAGUUGAUCAGUUGGAUAUUCAAGAUCCCGGCGCCAAUAUAAUAAUACCGGUUGGGAGAGGUGAAGAAGACCAGAAACGUUACAUUAUACGGAACGCUUCUACUGCGCGAGCUCAGCUAGGAGGUUUGAUCGUUGUCGGAGAGACGCGGCUGUUGUACUAUGAUGACGCUGCUAAGCAGAGUGUUGAGACUGCACUUGAAGAACCGACCAUAUUCGUUACCUGGACUGAAUAUGACGUCUCACAUUACUUCCUCGGGGACGAUUACGGGAAUCUAUGGAUACUCGAGAUCCUCCUUGACGGCGCCGUGAUCAAUGGUUUACGAAUGACUAAGUUAGGACAAACCUCGAGGGCUUCUAGUCUUGUGUACAUGGGGUGUAAUAUAUUAUUUGUUGGAUCGGCUUAUGGCGAUUCGCAGGUCUUUAAGGUCGACCCAAUCGCCAAGUACCCGCCACAAUUGAUUCAGACCUUGAACAACAUUGCGCCAAUAAUGGAUCUCAACAUCAUGGAUAUGGGAAAUCGCGAAGGGGAGGAUCAAACAACUAAUGAAUACUCCUCUGGUCAAGCACGAAUCGUCGCAGGCAGUGGCAUUUUCAAGGACGGAAGCUUGAGGAGUGUACGGAGUGGUGUUGGGCUGGAUGACAUCGGAAUUCUUGCGGACAUGGAUAAUGUUAGAGCCUUAUUCUCCCUAAGAUCCCACGGAGCAUCCAAGACCGACAUAUUGGUCGUCUCAUUUCUGAUAGAAACUCGAAUAUUUACGUUCUCUCCUAAAGGCGAAAUCAAAGAGGUUGAAUCAUUCGGGGGGAUGAUAUUUGACGAGCAGACAUUGUUGGCUCGAAACCUACCAAAUGGCCGACUUAUCCAAGUCACGAAAAGCAGUAUGAUACUCGUCGACCUCGAGGGCAGUGUUGUUGUAUCAACUUGGAAACCUGCCAGUGGACAAAUUACCGAUGUGUCGGCGAAUGAUGAGCGGGUACUGGUCGCUGUCGACGGAAAAAUCCUCAUAUCGAUGCAAAUUCAAGAAGACUUGGUUCAAGUGGAGCAUAACGAUCUCGAGGAAAAAGACCAGGUUGCUUGUGUCCACUUGCCUCCAGAAUAUCCCACUAUUGGCAUAGUUGGUUUUUGGAAAUCGGGCACUGUCUCCAUAAUUGACUUGAAAACUCUUCAGUCUAUCCAAGGAGAAACCCUACGAAGAAAAGACAAUAACGCUUCUAUACCUCGGGAUAUUGCGCUUGCACAGGUACUCCCCCCAUCUCUUGCGGGCCCGACACUAUUCGUGACCAUGGACGAUGGUUUCGUGAUUACCUUCAACGUAUCGAAGGACGACUUUUCCCUAUCUGGGCGAAAGAGCAUUGUCUUAGGGACACGACAAGCAAGAUUACAGCUAAUCCCUCGAGCCGAUGGAAUUUAUAAUUUGUUCGCUUGUAGCGAGCAUCCUAGCCUAGUUUAUGGAGCCGAGGGUCGGGUUGUUUACUCGGCGGUCACGGCAGAUGAUGCGACUUGUGUAUCUCAUUUUGAUGCCGAAGCCUUCCCCGAUUCUAUCGUGGUUGCAACGGAGAGAGAGUUGAAGAUAUCUACGAUAGAUACCGAACGCAGAACACACGUACAAUCCCUACAAAUGGGAGAAACCAUUCGCCGUAUAGCGUAUUCUCGUCACGAACGAACUUUCGGUUUGGGAUGUAUCAAGAGAGAAAUAAGGAAUAACGAAGAGAUAAUCACUAGUUCGUUCCGACUGGUGGAUGAAACCAUAUUCAAACAGCUUGGGAAGCCAUUUGCUCUCGAAAGCUCACCACGAACGGAACUUAUCGAAACGGUGAUUCGAGCUGAACUUCCGGAUGCAUAUGGAAUUCCAGCCGAGAGAUUCUUAGUCGGGACAUCCUACCUCAAUGAUGAGCAAGAUGGUGCGCCGGCGAAUUCUAUUAGAGGACGAAUCUUAGUCCUUGGGAUCGACGGCGAACGAUCACCUUAUCUAAUUGACAGUCGGAACUUGAAGGGGGCUUGUAGAUGCCUUGGAAUCAUGGGCGACAAAAUCGUUGCAGCUCUAACAAAAACGGUUGUUGUAUACUCCUACAACGAGACAUCAUCAACCUCUGCGGACAUCGAAAAGAUUGUAUCAUACCGGCCUUCUACGUAUCCUACGGACUUAGCAAUUGAGGGUAAUAUUAUUGCAGUAGCUGACCUUAUGAAGUCGAUGGCCCUGGUCGAGUAUGUUCCGCCUACCGAAGGUGCGGGGGCUAAGCUUGUUGAAGUCUCGAGACAUUACCAGUCCUCCUGGGCUACCUCAGUCUGCUAUGUGGGCGAGGAGUCAUGGCUCGAAUCGGACGCGCAAGGCAAUUUAAUUGUUUUAAGGAGAAAUCUGGCAGGGGUCACUAUUGAGGAUCGGCGCCGGAUGGAAGUCACGAGUGAAUUCAAUUUAGGAGAAACGGUGAAUAAGAUUCGAAAGGUGAAGCUCGAUACUAGCAUAAAUGCCAUCAUCUUGCCACAGGCAUUCCUUGGCACGGUUGAAGGAGGUGUCUACGUAUUCGGACUUAUUUCACCACAAUAUCAGGACCUUUUAAUCCGAUUCCAAGCCAAAAUAGCCGAGGUAGUGGAAACGACCGGAAAAAUAUUCUUUUCUAGAUACCGAUCCUUCAAAAACGAAGAACGCGAAUCGGACGGGCCGUUCCGUUUCAUUGAUGGAGAGUUUAUUGAGCGGUUCCUCGACAUAGAUGAGAAGACGCAAGAGGAAAUCUGCGAAGGGUUAGGCCCAGAUGUUGAGGCUAUGCGAACACUUGUCGAGGAGUUGAAACGAAUGCAUUAAAGGCGUUUGCAAAUCUCGGUUUUUGAUUGCGAAUGGCGGGAGUAUUGGUGUAUAUCCCUCGAUACUAAGGGUAAAACGGGCACGAUAGCAAUAAAUGAGAUCAAGAAUAAAAUAUAAAGUCUUAAAAAAUUUCAAUUAAUAAGUCAGAAAUCAAUGUUUGCUGAGAUGUGACGUAGUGAUCU